UCACUUGCUCAUAUCAUUGCUAAGGGAUCACAACCGAUUGAGGGAAUCUGGGCAAUCAACAGGUCCUUGAGGACUUUUGGUUCACUUUAUUUGUGUUUGAAGACUUUAUUUUCUGGACCAUGUGAGGGGGAGACACUUAGAAAUGGCUGAGAGCUCAGACUGGGUGGAGAUCAUCGAGCCACGCUCUCGUGAGCGCAUGUACGUGAACUUGACCACUGGAGAAUGUGGCUGGGAGCCUCCUUCAGAUGUCCAGGUGCGCCAGUGCAAUAAGAACCAGUGGUGGGAGCUGUACGACCAUCAGAGCAGCCGCUUCUAUUACUACAAUGCCCUGACUAACCAGACCGUUUGGCACCGCCCGCCUCAAUGUGACAUUGUGCCACUGGCUAAAUUGCAAGCCAUGAAACGCACAUCACAGACCAGCCUUCUGUUACGUGCCAGCCAAGAGCGGAUGUCUCAUAGGGGCAGCACAAGCAGUGAGGGAGCUAGCAUUCCUGUCGAGGUCCUCAUGCUCCAGGAUGGGGAGUAUGGGAGUGACGGAAGUAGGAGAAGAGGAGACAGUAUGGACAGCAGAAAGGAUUCUGGAAGAGAUUCUUCUCAGAGGUGGCAGCCUGUUCCUGGAACGAAAGCAGCCAUGUUGGUGAAAGUGAAUAGCCUGAGACAAAUGCCAGGGUCCUCUUCCAAUUCACCGCUGCAGAACAGUAUUCCAAAGAAUUCCAUAAACCGACCCAGUUGCUAUGUUCAGGUUCCACCUCCUGCUCUGCAAUCUAAACCUUUUGCGGACCCCAAGCAAUCCAUGCAAGUAAAGAAAACGGACAAUGGUGGAUUUUGCUUAGUUUUAACUAAAGGGGCCACUUGUCAGACUCCACAAAGGACUCCUACAGGUACAUUACAGCCCUCAUCUCCCCGGUAUGGAUCUCCACCACCCAUCUAUGAUGAGCCCUCUAUAGACUCUCCGAUUUACGAUGAGCCUCCUGCUGAUAUGGACUUUGAGAGUAUGACUGUGCGCUCUCUUUCUCCUCCGGUGUCCCCGACAAAUAGCCUACAAAGCAACUCGCAAACACCAAAGCUUUUGCCCUACCCAGGUCUGCAUCAGAAUAAGCACAGGAGGAACCCCUCUGCUACAGAAUACAGCCCAGCAGGAAGGGAGUACAUAAAGCACAUGGUCAAUGUUGACCAAUCCUCAAGACAGACAAUCUCGCCUACUGGCUCUCUUGAUGUUCCAACCAAACAUCAACCUGGCCAGUUGGCCGUAAAGGACAGUUUCAAGAAUUCUUGGAGGGUCUUGGAAGCAAAUGUUCUGAAGAACAUUGAGGCCCACCACAAUCGGCAGAACAGCCUUCCUCAAGACUACCCUACGGUGGUAAGCCAGCAGGACUCUGGUUACUCCACGGGCCCUUCUCCUAGCUUGCGAAAAAGAAAGGGCAGGAGACAAGGCACUACUCAGAUAAGACCUGGGUCACUUGGCAGCAGCAGUGAACUAAAUGCGUUAAAUGAAAAACUUAUCGCGGAGAUGAGGUCAGUUGUUUGCAGGACUGCAGUUUCUAGAGGGAGCAAGGCUAGUUUGGACACGGACAUGAUAGAAAACAUUGCCCCGGACAGUAACAAGGUGCGCUUUCAAGAGUCCUUAAAAAACAGUUCGGGGAGAGGGUCAAGGGAUGAUGUCACAGCCAGCACUAGAUCAUUAUACAGACCAGGAAUAGAGGUCCGAGACAGCAGUAAAGUAGACAUAACUGCACAACCUGAAGUGGUACGACAGAAACGAACAUAUGAGAAGAUGGACUGCUUGGAGAAGAAAGUCACCAGCCAGACAAGUCUCUUGUCCUCAGAGUCCACCAGAACGAUGUCUCAGAGCGGAACCCUAGAGGCCAAUCAAAGCUGUGAAAAUCGCGGACAGGCAACGUUUGGCCCUUGUUACCAGUUUCCUUACACCACUUUGAGAAAACCACUUUCUCAAACCAGCAUGGUGGACUGGGCCUCCAAGAACCUUAACAUGCACACGCAGGGCAUCUUCCGGAGGAGAAUCUCAAUUUCUAACAUGCUCUCUUGGAAUGGAGGCUCUAUCAAGAAGCCCAUGUUGAUCACCAGUAAUCGGGUUAUCAAGAAAGAGGCUUGUGAGAUGUUCAAGCUGGUGCAGAUAUACAUGGGAGACCGCCAGGCCCGGACAGAUAGAAACGAGGUGGCUCUGGUGGUGGUCACCAAGUGUUGGACCUUGCAGGGCUUGCGAGAUGAGCUGUACAUGCAGCUGGUGAGACAAACCACCAACAACAUGUCAUACAAGAGCCUAUCCCUGGGAUGGGAACUUAUUGCCAUCAGUUUAGGAUUCUUUUCCCCAUCUCCAAAGUUCCAGUCCUAUUUGGAAGGCUACAUCUACAGGCACCUGGAGGAUGCAAGUGAUCAGAACAUUCACCAGCGGAUUCAGGAAGCCGAGGAGCUGAAGUCUAAGAAGAAUUCGAAAUCUCGUAAAAAGAGGAAGCAGAACAUGGAAGAUGAGGAAGGUCUGCCCAUCAGCACCUACGCUAAAUACUGCUAUCGAAAACUGCAAAAAGUUGCAAUUACUGGAGGAAAGAAGGGUCUGAGGAAGCCGACACUGGAGGAGAUCGAGCAAGCUCGAGAUGCCAUCUUGACACCUUCCCUGUUUGGGAGCUCCUUGGAGGAGAUCAUGGAGAGACAGAAGACGGUGUAUCCUGAACGCCGUCUGCCCUGGGUACAGACGCAGCUCUCCCAGCAAGUGCUGUCACUGGGAGGGGAGAGGACGGAAGGAAUAUUUAGGGUACCUGGAGAUAUUGACGAGGUGAAUGCCCUGAAAGUGCAGGUGGAGCAGUGGAGGAUACCAGACAGUCUCUCUGACCCCACCAUUCCUGCAUCCCUGUUGAAGCUUUGGUAUCGUGAGUUGGAGGAGCCCCUUAUCCCGCAGCAGUUCUACAAACAGUGCAUCACCAACUAUGAAAACCCUGACGCAGCAGUGUCUGUCGUUAAGCAGCUUCCGGAACUGAACCGGCUGGUGCUGUGUUACCUCAUCCACUUCCUCCAGAUCUUCUCUCAGCCUUCCAAAGUGGGCACCACCAAGAUGGACGUUAACAACCUAGCCAUGGUCAUGGCACCCAAUUGUCUGCGCUGCCAGUCAGAUGAGCCCAGGAUCAUCUUCGAGAACACCAGGAAAGAGAUGUCAUUCAUCAGAAUGUUGAUCGUCCACCUGGACACAAGCUUCGUCCAGGGCUUAGUCUGAGAACAAGAGAUGCCGCUGCCACCUUGUCUUUCGGUCUGGCCUACCUGUGUAUAUAAUUGUGCAUUAUUUCUUCACCCCCGAGAGUUGCAGGGUGCGGUCCCUCCAGGGGUUAAAAGAUGUCCCAUGUACAGAAUCUUCUCAGGAUACUUCUAGCACUUUCUGAAAGCAGUUAAGCUGGGCUGUCGUUGUGGCCGUAGACGCCAAAGGCGCUGGCAUAACCACCGGCCUUCUAUUGUCGUCAGAGGUGCUCUGUGAAACUGGUUUAAUUGUAUCUAAUCUUCAUUACUGUGAAUUAACAUAAUACCAUCUUCUUUUCCUGCCUUUAUCAAGAUUUCAUUCUUAACCCAGUGCCAUCUUAUGUGAGAUGUGUGAAAAAAAAAAUUAAUGAAAGCUUUUAUUUAUAUGUUGCACCCUCUGGGGGGACCACACCUCUUAAUAUAUAUGUAU